CGAUUACCUAUCGAGCAUCAGCUGAUGGGAGAAAUCUUUAAUUUUCGCACUUUGUAAAUAUAUUUUUGCUUUUAUUAAUGAUCGACUCCGAGGCACUGGAAAGCGAGAGGGUCAAGCUGAAGCGAGAUAUUGCUGAACUGCGGGCCAACCUCAACAGAAAGGAGCAAUGUCUUCGCGAGUUGGAGGCAGCCAUAGCCGGCGAGGACAGUAAUGCGGAAGAGUCGUCCAAUGACAUGCCCACACCUCAGACCAAACUCUCCAACGACGACAUAGCCCGAUAUAGCAGACAGUUGAUUCUCCAGGACUUUGGAGUCCAAGGCCAGUUGAAGCUAAAGAACAGCUCCGUGCUGAUUGUGGGUAUGGGAGGAUUGGGUUGUCCGGCCGCCCAGUACCUGGUGGCAGCCGGUUGCGGACACCUAGGCCUCAUCGACUACGACGAGGUGGAGCGCAGCAAUCUGCAUCGUCAGAUCCUGCACUCGGAGCACCGCUGCGGCAUGUCCAAGGCUGAGUCUGCAAGGAUUGCUCUGCUGGAACUUAAUUCGCACUGUCAGAUCCGCUGCCACUCGCGUCUGAUCAACAGCAUGAAUGCCAUGCACAUUAUACGACCCUAUGACGUGGUCCUGGACUGCAGUGACAAUGUGGCUACCCGUUACCUGCUGAACGACGCCUGUGUGAUGCUCCGCAAGCCUCUGGUCUCUGGGAGCGCGCUCAAGAUGGAUGGACAGCUGACCGUGUAUGGCUAUGGGCAGGGACCUUGCUACCGGUGCAUCUAUCCGGUGCCUCCGCCACCCGAAGCAGUCACCAACUGUGGUGAUGGCGGCGUUCUAGGCGCCGUGACAGGAAUCAUUGGAGCCAUGCAGGCCCUGGAGGCCAUUAAGGUGAUAAUCGGCUUGGGCGAUGUGAUGUCCGGACGUCUGCUCAUCUUCGAUGGCAGCAGCUUUAUGUUCCGCAAUAUCCGGAUACGCACCAAACGACCCAACUGUCACGUGUGCUCUGCUCAGCCCCUAAUCACGGCACUAAUCGACUACGAGAUGUUCUGUGGAAUGCAUGCCACUGACAAAGACAAUCCCCUAGACCUACUAGAGCCGGAUCAGCGACUGGAGGUGAAGGAAUACCAUCAGAAGCUACAGUCGCAGCCACAUCUGCUGCUCGAUGUACGGCCUCCGGCAGAGUUCGAGAUUUGUCAGCUGCCCAGGUCCAUCAAUGUGCCACUGAGUGAAAUCCUAGACGACAGCUACCUAAAACGUUUCGCCAAGCAGCUGGAGGACAAGGAAUUACCCAUAGUACUGCUCUGUAGGCGUGGCAACGAUUCCCAAAUCGCUGUUCAGCAUAUUAAAAAUCGAUUUCCCGCACAUUCCAUCCGGGAUCUGGUUGGUGGGCUGCAUGCUUGGACAGGCAGUGUGGACGCUACUUUUCCUAUUUACUAAUUCCAAGGAAUAUGUCUAUGUUGCGUAUAUUUGGUUCCUGAUUGAAGUGUACAAUUUUCCCUAUUUUGUUUACUUAUUGUUGGUAUUUAAAAAUAAAAGACAAGCUUAAAUAUGUACGUAUGUAUGUACAUAUGUAUAAAAUUGCUCUUGGUUUCACGUCAGUUUACAGUUAACCCGAUACCUUCUUUGAAAGCAGAGCACCUGGCGGCAAUUCAGCACAAGCACUGGAUAAUGUGCCGGCAACAAAAAGAGCAACAAAUAACGAAGCCAGAUUGGCGGCAGGUGUAAUAUUCCGGCUCACGCGCACCUUAAAGGCAGAUUGUGAAUGAAUGUGUAACUGAAUGCAUUUCGUUCUUAAAGAAUAUCGACAUCGAAUUAGCAUGUGCAUGUGUCUGUGUGUGUGUAUGUGUGUGUUCUAGUGCAUUGAUACAGUCAUAAAAGCAGUCCCCGGCAGCCGGAAAUAUUUAAAUGUUCCCUGCAGCUGGAGGCAGAAACACUCAGUAAUCUCUGGAAUUAUUCUCUUUGUUAGGCCUCAAUUGAUAAGACAGAGCCUCUAUUUGAGCUGGGAAUGGCGGCCACAAA